AACUGUAAGCGGGAAAUAGAUUAAUAAGUGUCCGCCUUAGCACCAACACAAAUGUACAAAGGGAGAGGAAAACGAUUAUGAGCAAAAUCGUCCUGACUCGCUUGCUGCAUUUUCAUCUUACAGAGUCAACGUGAGGGAAGCGCGAUGUAAUCGAACGGAUGCGUGGUACAGCUGGGUGGUAGGGAUAGCACGAAGAGGUGAGGAGGGGAGAGUGGCGGGGUCGUGCUGUAGCGUAGCAACGCUGGAGCUUGGCUGAGGUGCUAGGACCUCAGUUCUUGUUAGACUUCGCGAGGAGAGGUAUCAUUGCUAUUGUGUGUAGCUCGCAAUUUUCCGUAGCGGCGGCGGCCUGAAAAUAAGGAGAGUUCGAACAGAAGACGGUCGCGGUCAGGCGUGUACUGUCAAAAUAUUAUGGACGAUCAGAGCAGAAUGAUGCACCCUGUGACUUCUCAAGUCGGAAUGAUGCCUCAGCCUUAUGGCAUGCAACCUGUGGAUCCAAAUCACGGUGGACCAACAACGCCAGACCAAGAAACUAGGAAACAAGAUAUUGGCGAAAUUUUGCAGCAGAUAAUGAAUAUCACGGACCAGUCGUUGGACGAAGCGCAGGCCAGGAAACACACACUUAACUGUCACCGUAUGAAGCCAGCUCUCUUCAGUGUUUUGUGCGAAAUAAAGGAAAAAACAGUGCUGAGCCUGCGGAACACGCAGGAGGAGGAGCCGCCGGACCCGCAGCUGAUGCGGCUGGACAACAUGCUGAUCGCGGAGGGCGUGGCCGGCCCCGAGAAGGGCGGCGGUGCGGGGGCGGCGGCUAGCGCGUCGGCGGCGGCGUCGGGCGGGCCCGGCCAGCCGGACAACGCCAUCGAGCACUCCGACUACCGCGCCAAGCUCGCGCAGAUCCGCCAGAUCUACCACCAGGAGCUCGAGAAGUACGAGCAGGCGUGUAACGAGUUCACGACGCACGUGAUGAAUCUCCUGAGGGAGCAGUCGCGCACACGGCCCAUCACGCCCAAGGAGAUCGAGCGCAUGGUGCAGAUCAUCCACAAGAAGUUCUCUUCCAUCCAAAUGCAGCUCAAGCAGAGCACCUGCGAGGCCGUCAUGAUCUUGCGCUCCAGGUUCCUCGACGCCAGGAGGAAGAGAAGAAACUUUAGCAAACAGGCUUCUGAAAUCCUGAAUGAGUAUUUUUAUUCACACUUAAGCAAUCCUUACCCAUCUGAAGAGGCAAAGGAAGAGCUUGCAAGGAAAUGUGGAAUAACGGUUUCACAGGUAUCCAACUGGUUUGGAAACAAGAGAAUUCGCUACAAGAAAAACAUUGGAAAAGCACAAGAGGAAGCCAACUUAUAUGCAGCAAAGAAAGCUGCUGGUGCCUCUCCAUAUACCAUGGGUCCAGCACCUCAAGGGACGCCGACUCCAAUGAUGUCCCCUGCUCCUCCUGGUGGUCCCCAAGACAGCAUGGGAUAUAAUAUGAAUAUGAAUGGUGGAGAUUACAAUUCCUCAAUGUCAGGUUCACAGCCACCUUAUGCAGAUGGAGGAAUGGGCUACGAUCCAAUGCACCAGAGGACACGGGUGUGGUAGUAACGCAGUUGUUUUGUCGGUGCAGGGUGGCCACGUCACCCCCAAGUCCGGCUCGCCUGUGCGACCUGGCUCUGUAGGGUGGAGUGGGCCUCCGCCUAGGGAGCAGAUUCCAGACUUCCCUCCUGUGCAGCCACUGCAUCCUGAUGACGAUGAAAGCGGUGACAGCAGUGACGGCACUGGUUCUGUGAAGAGGCAGAAACUCUAGGGCUAUCAUCCCUUCAAUGCAACUCAGACAACGAAACUGCAUCCCAGCUUCAUAUAUACUUACUUGCCAUUUGUUGAUUAGUUUGUGGAAGGACCUCAGUAUGAGUACUGAGUAGUGGACUAGCAGACGUUUAGUAGCUGUCAGAAACAAAAAUGAAUUUUUUUUUUUAAAAAAAAGAUGAUGUGAAUUUAAGGGCUGGAGCUGCAGUGGAUCCUUAAAGGCCUAAGCACAAUGAAUGUACUUGUGGCUUUAAUACAUUUAAUAUUCUUAAUUGUAUCUUAAUAGUCUUCAGCCUCAGCUUAGUAGAUAGACCAUUGAUUAAAUUUUAAGAGUACAUUACUGCACAGCAGUCCAGUGCAAAUGGCUCACACUUAAUUAAUAUCAAAUGGCAUGCCAAACUAAGUGCAUUAGAGGUCUUAAUUUUUAUGGUUUAGCAAAGUAAUGUAAUUUUAUAUUUACUGUUGCAGAGGCAGUUGCUGUAUCCAUUUCAGGUUAUUAUACCUUUGUUGGCUGCUGUUGGUAGAAGUAAUUAAACUUUUGUUGUUGUUGUUGUUGUUUUUCCUUUUUAUCAGACAAGAGAUACAUUAAUAAUUGAUGUAGGACUCUCUCAGUAUUCAACAGGCGGUAUUGUAUGUACUAAUAAAGAUUUCACUGGUUGUUAGAUUAGAAGAGGAGAGCUUCCACUUACUGUAGUGGCAUGCAAACAAUAUUUGGCUCUCAAGGCAUGGGACAGAACAAUUUUAGAAUGAAAUGAAAGCUGGUAUUGUCAUUUUAUUUAUGUUUUUAAAUUUAUUUUUUUAAAUGUAUGUCUAAGGCCUGAAGGAUACAAAUUGAAAGACAACCAAAUGUGCUAAAUGUGCAUUAAGUAUAAGUGAAAAAAGGUAAAUAAAAAUAAGUCAUUCAUUUAAGAAAGGCUUUAUAUCUUGAUUUUUUAAAGAUGUAGGAGCUUUUGCAAAUGGUAGCUGCAGCAAUCUAUGGAAUGAGUAUAAGGAGAGUAAGAUCAAAACCAUCAUUCUUUUUAUUAUAUUGAAUUUUUCAAUAUAACUUUAAAUUCUUAUGUUGCCUUAUGUCUAAAAUAGUAAUGCAGCUUCACUCAAAAUCUAUGUAAGAAAAUUUCUGUGUUCAUCUAUAGUCUAUAGCCAGUUUCAAAUUGUUCAAUUGAUGUAUGAGAUAUCUGUGAAAGAACUGUAGUAGUGCAUAUUUGAAAGAAACAGUGAGAAAUUUGAAAUGUAAAACAUAUGGCCCACAGUGAAAAGAAUUUUUGUUUGUUUGUGCAAUUUCUGUAGAUUUAGACGUUAGAAUGUCAAAACCAGUGCUGUGGUAUGUGUACCACCCACUGAUAAAUUAAAAGAUCUUUCUGUCAUGCACAUAUAUCCUCAAUAUUCAGGCAUAAGUCUCUUAGUGUGGCUUGAUUGUUAUUCAUCUAUCCAGAUAAGCUUAUUUUAAUUAUUUUUGUAGGCAGCACAGGAGUAUGGAAGUCUAUUAAAAUCUGUUAUUCCAACCAAUAGCCACAAUAAAAAGAGGCCUAUAUUGUUUUAAGGCAUAACUCCUUUUCUGUACAAUACCAGUAUAGGAUAACUUAACAGAAGAUUGCUCACCAAAAUCAUUUGAUCACUUGAGAUGCCUCCUAUAUAUGUAUAUGACAAAGAUUUUUUUUUAUUUGGUCAGUAAUUACAUCUAUAAAAGAAAUAUUUGCCAGUACCUGAAUCUGUUGGGACAUGAAGGAUUUAGAGCAUUGGGUUGAUAAUAAUGUAAUUAUUUACCAUUAGUGAGCAGCAUGUGAACUUGUACUUGCACAAGUUUUAUUUAAGUGACCAGUGAGAGGUUCAUUUUGUGGAGUUUUUGUACAAUGAAUAGACUAUGGUUAUCAAGAGAUAUACUCUAAAAAUGAGGCAGUAUGAUGUGGAAAUUAAUAACAACUUCUUGUAUACGUAUAGUGACAAAGCAGUGUACAUAUUCUCAACUGUUGCAAAGCAUUGUACCAAAAUGCACAGAGCUCCAACAGUAUACGCCAUCCAUAUACGUAUUUUUCAGUGAAUUUGUUGGAAUCCAUAUGUAAUGUUAACAUAUCAUCAUGAAUAUUUUUGUAAGUUUUAACUUUUAGGCUUUAACCAGAUUGUGAAGAGAAGAAAUUUAGGAUUCUCAUCAGCUUUAAAAUGCCAUAAUAGAAUGGUGUCAAGUAUUGAGUUUGUAAAAUUACAGGGUUAUAAGUUAAAGGCUCAAAAACAAUUUCCUACUAAUUAAAUCUCGUUCAGAAAUUUAUGAAACAACAAAGGGCAGAAAAUUAUGACAUAAGGAAAAAUAAUGGUAAUGCAGCAUUACAUUCCCCAUUUCUGUAGGAUGGAUUUCAGUCCCCUAUGUCAGUAAUACAGCAGGUAAUCAUCAUUACUUAAGGUUUAUGACUCAUAUUUACAUUAUUCACUAAAAGCAUGUUGAUUUGGAGUGAAUGAAAUAUGUAAAGCUGUAACUUCACUGUGCAGAGUAACCACAAAGAAGCUGAAGUAAGAAAUUAUGAGAGCGGUAAUAAAUUGCACUGUAAUAUCUGGCAAAACUGAUUAAGUUUCUUGCAAAAGAGGUGCAUACUGCAUUUUGCUCAGUACCAUUUAAAGGUAAACUAGAAUGAAUCAUUUCUGGCCCAUAACUUUGCAUGAAAAUUUAAAUAAUAAAGUGAGAAACAGAUGUGUUUAUCGUUGCAAGUAUACAGAAUAUUACAUUGUGUAAAAAGAAUAUUUGAAGCACAGCAAAAAAAUGAUUAGGAAUGUAACAUGAAACUUUCAGGGAUAUCCCAGAAUCAGAUAUGUCACUGAAUUUUAAGUAGACAAUUUUACUGUGUUAACCAAUGAAGUUAAAAACUGCUCACUGUUACUGUUUGUUUUACUAACAACAUAGAUGUGUGUUCUAAAAUAUAAUUUUAUCUGAAAUGUGCUUAUUUCAUAAAUACUUGCAUCAAAAUUUAUAAGAGGUACCAUAUUCAUGCAAAGAGUAUAUUGAGAAAUUAAUAAAAAUUCUAAUCAGGGUCCAUAUUGUUAUUUGGCUUGUGUGUGUGUG